CUCCGGUCCUCAUCAUAACUUUGGAGAGGUGGGAAAACGCCACUGACUUCUCUGUCGUUCACCAGCAGCCGAGGCGACAAGGACGUGCACCGGGAGCCCAAUGGAGAAGUCCAAAAACUUUCGCAUUGACGCGCUUUUAGCAGUCGAUACACCCAAGGUGCAGACCUCUCCGCUUGCGCUUGUGACUUCCCUGUCCUCCUCCUCCAUCCCGUCGUCCGGAAGCGUGGCGGCCCCGGAGCUGAGCGCCGAGGCUUUGCGCGCCGAAACGCCGUCUCCGCCGAGGAUUUCCACUUGCGGGCUGAUCCCUAAACCAGGUUUCCUCAACAGUCCUCACAGCAUGGUUGGAUUACAUCCGCAGAGUACCGCAGGGAUCCCGGCGCAGGCUCUCUACGGCCACCCCAUGUAUACCUACUCGGCUGCUGCCCUAGGCCAACACCCUGCCCUGUCCUACUCCUAUCCACACAGCUCCCAUCACCACCACCACCACACCAGUGAUCCCAUCAAACUGACAGCCAGCAGCUUCCAGCUGGACCACUGGCUCCGGGUCUCCACAGCCGGGAUGAUGCUGCCCAAAAUGUCUGACUUUAAUUCUCAGGCGCAGUCCGGCUUACUUGGCAAGUGCAGAAGACCCAGAACUGCGUUCACAAGUCAGCAGCUGCUGGAGCUGGAGCAUCAGUUCAAACUGAACAAGUAUCUGUCGCGACCGAAGCGCUUUGAAGUGGCCACGUCCCUCAUGCUGACAGAAACACAGGUCAAAAUCUGGUUCCAGAACAGACGAAUGAAGUGGAAAAGAAGUAAGAAGGCCAAAGAGCAGGCCGCCCAGGAGGCCGACAAGCAAAAAGGCAGUAAGAGUGGCCAGGAGAAAUCGGACGAACAGUCGGACUAUCACAGCAAGACAGACUCAAAAAACGGCAGAAUAAGAGACUUCAGGGACAGUGACGACGACGAAGGUGAGAAUUUCCUGUACAACUCGUCAGACUGCUCAUCGGAUGAAGAGAGGAAUCACACCAGUGACAUAAGUCCACAGCCUUGAAGCGUGAGAAGAAGAAGAAGAAGGAGGACGGUCUCCAUUUAUAAUGACUGUGAGGGAUUCUCGCUAUAAAAUGCAGUUGCAUGAAAUCCAACCUCUAAUCAUCUACAUGGAAUAAAUUAGCAUUUUUUUGUUAUGAAAAGAAUAAAAGUUUUGGUCAAAAAUGAAUGGACCUCAUGUCCGAAUAAACAAGCAAUAAAGACUGUAUAGGUUAUUAUAACUCAAACAUCUUUCAGCACUCGGCUGUUGGCAAACUGUGAUAUAGGCUAUUGCAUGAUUCAUACGCAAAAACGCUGUAAACUGAAUCAGGACGUUACAAUUUUUGAUUUUUUGUGUUUGAUUCCUAUAGCCCACACCGCCAAUAGUCCGCUGCCAUUUGUCUCUUGGCCCUAUUUUGUUCUUCGUGGUGUUAUACUUCUGUAAUGUGUCAUGUCACGCUGAAAAAAAAAGUUAUGUUUAUUUUUCUAUACUGUAUUUAUAAAAUGGUCAUAC